AUGGCAGAAGUCGCCUCCACCGCGCCCCAUCCGGCCAAGAAUGUAAUCUACUGCGGCGUCUGCUCGCUACCACCAGAGUACUGCGAGUUUGGCGGAACCACCAAGAAAUGCUCCGACUGGCUGUCAGAGAACCACCCACAACUUCACUCCACCCUCUACUCCGACGCCGCCCUCUCCGCAAACCUCAGCACCCUCUCCGUAGACGCCCAGAAGCGCGCCGAAAAAGAUGCAAUCAAAAAAGCAGCCAAAGCCGAAGCAGCCGAAGCUCGCGAGUCCGAGAAGCGCGCCGCCAGUAAAAUCAUCAUCAAGCGCGUGGAGCGUAAUAAACGUAAAUACGUCACGGAGAUUUCGGGUUUGGAGGCCUUUGGACUGGAUUUGAAAGCCACGGCCAAGGCGUUUGGAAAGAAGUUUGCGACGGGUAGUAGUGUGACCAAGACGGCGAGUGGUGGAGAGGAGAUUACGGUGCAGGGAGAUGUCAGUGAUGAUGUGGUGGAUUGGUUGGGUGAGCAUCAUGAAGGAAUUCCGGAGGACAAUAUUGAGUGCGUGGAGGACAAGAAGAAGAAGUCUGCUCCUACUGUUUGA